AUGAGGAUCCAUCUGAACCUGCCCCAAGCGGGCCCCAGCAAUCCCUCAUCAUCCUCUUCUUCCAGCGUUCGCUCCUCCGCCCCGGCCCCUCUAACCACCUUGACGCCAAACGGCGAGCUAAUCCUAAUCGAACUUCAAGGAGCGCUCGAAAUCGAAAAUCAAUCUCCUGCCGGUGGUCAGAUUCUCGGCACGAUCAGUUUCGAACCAACUCGCCCCGACAGACCUGUUCUUAUGAUCUCGCAUCAUAGGCUCGAGGGGAAGUUUGUGAAUCUGGUCAAACCUUUGGCUGUAUUGGAGAAGAAGGUUAGAGCUGAUAAGACGGUGUUAGGUGAUGUUGGCAAUGCGAAGAGAAGCGUAGAGGGAGACGAAGCGGAGGGGGAGAUGGUGGGGAAUGUCAAGCGGGCGAGGAGGGUGGGAGACGAUGGAGAGAGACGCAGUCCGCCACCUGCAAUGCAAGGAGUGAGGAAAGGGAGGGAUUCAAUGGAUUUCAGCUCUAGUCCACCCAGACCGACUCCUGUUAGUAGGGUGGGAAAGAAGUCGGAUAGGCUUAGGGAUAUUGAUGAGAACGGUGUACCCGUAGACAGAAGCGAUGCAGAAACAACAGAGGGAGACAAAGACAAUGAAGAUGAGGAACAGGAGGAAGACCAAGUGGAACCUCAAACGGCAGUAUACUACGACGUAGUCAAUGUCAUCAAACGUAAAAUUCUCUUCUCGAAACGACCCGAACCUAUAGUUCGUCUCGACUCAACAUCCACCACCAUAACCAAAGCAUAA